AUGCUUCGUGCAGCCUCUGCUCUAGUCUUGUGCCUCGUGGCUGUGUGUCUGGCGAUACCCAGCGGAAGCAGGCACUGGCGCACCGCUCAUGACCGAGUAGUCGGUGGCAGUGAUGCCAACAUUUCCGACUACCCCUACUCGCUGCAGCUGAUGGUUAGCGGUGAAUUUUACUGCUGUGCGUCAGUCAUCGGCGCAAACUGGGUGCUGACGGCUGGACACUGUCUCGAAGGCGUCACAACCGACAUACUGAGCUUCCGGGCUGGUACUUCCACGCGAGACACUGGCGGUACAGUCCAUAACGCUCUCACUGCUAUUUCACAUGAGCAGUACAAUACCUACACUCUCGACUACGACAUUGGAGUUGUGCAGAUCUCUGGGUCAUUUCCGUUGGGAGACAACGUCCAGACAAUCGGCCUGCCUGCUGCAGACUACGACCCACCUGGGGGUCUCGCUGCCACACUGACCGGCUGGGGCGUGCUUAUAACCAACGGUCCUCUACCAGACGUGCUGCAGAAAGUCGACGUCAACGUCAUCGACAGGGAGACGUGCCAGAGCAUCAUCAACUCGAUAAGCAGGGUGAGAGACCUGUCCCACGUGUCUGAGCGCAUGAUCUGCGCCGGAGAGGCGGGGAAGGCUGCAUGCGGUGGAGACUCCGGCGGCCCCCUGGUCAGCGGAGGUACGCAGAUCGGCAUCGUCUCGUGGAAGAUGAGCGGCUACUGCGAGAAAGCGGGCUCCGUCUACGCCAGUGUGGGCAGUCUGCGCUCCUGGAUCGCGUCGCUGCUGCGCGGUGGCUCCCAUCACCGCGGAGCGUCCAUUAUCAGCGAGACUUGGACUCUGACCGCUGCCCACUGCGUCGAGUUCGUGCCCGCAAGCGCGCUGGGCAUUCGAGCUGGGACGACGAAGCGCGACAGUGGCGGCACGGUUCACUGUGCGCUCUCUGUUAAGUGGCACGAGAGUUACCCCUACUACACCUAUGACUACGACAUCGCAGUAGUGCAGAUCUCUGACUCGUUUCCUCUGGGAGCCAACGUCCAGGUGGUGAGCCUCGCCGCCGCGGACUGCGACCAACCUGGCGGCCUCACCGCGACGCUGGUCGGCUGGGGCUCGCUCAUGUUCGACGGCGACGAGGCGGACACCCUCCAGCAGGUGGAGCUCUGCGUGCUGGACCGACAGGCCUGCCAGCUCCUCAUCGACUCGGUGCCGACGCCGACGCUGGAGACGACGCCGCGCAUGGUGUGCGCCGGAGAGGCCGGGCAGGCGGCCUGCAAAAGCGACGCCGGGGGGCCACUGGUCAGCGCCGGGACGCAGGUCAGCGUCGCCUCGCUAGGCAUGUUCUCCGUCUGCGAGAACUCGGGCACCAUCUUUGCCAUCGUCGGCAGCUUGCGCGCCUGGAUUACUACCCACACUAACGUUUAG